AAAUUCAACCAAUAAAUUUACAUUAUUUGACAUGGAUAUUUAUUGGUCUCCCUUGGCAACCAAAAUGUAAAACAUUUAUCUGUCAAAAUUUAUGACAUAAAGUUAUAAACUAUAAGUGGGUAAAAUGAGUUCAAUAAUUAGCAAUGACAAUGAUUCUCAGUUGAUAAUUUUCGAUUCUUCCAAGAAUGAAAGACGUUUAAAUGAUGAGUUUAAAGUAUUGCAAAGAAAAUUAAAACCAAAAUGGAAAUUUUUGGAGAACAAUGAAGUAUUGUCUGAAGAAUCUUUAUCUAGUGGAGAUUUAUUAGUAUUACCAGAACCAAGGAAUAAGUUUACAGAAUUAGAAAUGGAUUCUAUAAGAGGGUUUAUAAAUAAUGGGAAAAAUGUUUUAGUGAUGCUAGGUGAAGGUGGAGAGAAUAAAUUUAAUACAAAUAUUAAUUUUUUACUUGAAGAAUUUGGAAUAAUGGUUAAUAAUGAUAGCGUCAUAAGAAUUAAUUAUAGUCGUAAAUUACACCCGAAAGAAUGUACAAUAUCUCAAGGUCUAUCGAAUAAAUCGCGAUUUGUCAAAAAUCGUGAUGAAGUUGUUAAUAUGAAUUUUAUUUAUCCAUACGGAGCAACAUUGAACGUCGUCCAGCCUUCAGUCGUUGCAUUGUCAAGUGGGACUAUGGCAAUACCUACCAACAGACCAAUUUGCGCCUAUUAUUCUUCACCAACAAGUUCUGGAAAGUUAGUAGUACUCGGUUCAUCGAGAUUACUAACAGACUCUUACAUAGAAAAGGAACAUAAUGAUGCUUUGAGAGAAAUGAUUUUUGAUUUUUUCAAAUCUAAAGAACAGUUUUCUAAAGAAUAUCAUUUUGAUGAUAUUGAUUACUCCGAGUAUAAUUUUGUACCAGAUAUAACACAAUUAGCAGACGAACCAAAAGUUUGUACUCAAGACCUAGAUACUAUUGACAUUCCUCGAGAAUACACAAAAUUAUUUAAGCAUCAUUUUUAUUCAAUCAACUUGUCAAUGAUACCAGAGUGUAUUAGUGCGUAUCAACUUUUAGGAGUUAAACAUGAACCAUUAACGUUAAUUAAACCACAUUUUGAAACUCCGCUACCUCCAACUCAAGCUUCGGUUUUUCCACCAAGUUUCCAAGAACUUCAACCGCCAGCCCUAGAACUGUUCGACCUCGAUGAAGAAUUCAGUUCUGACCUGCUAAAACUAUCACAGUUGACAAAUAAAUACAUGUCAAUGAAAGAUCCUGCUAAUGAAUCAGAACUUGAUUAUUAUAUCAGAGAAUUUGGAGAAAUGAUACGAAUCAAUAUGUCAUCCGAUAUUCCUACAUCAAAGGAAAUUUUGAAUUUCGUUUUUCAAAAACUCAGCAGUUUUAAAGCAAUGCCUAAUUAAUUUUAUGAAAAAUUGUAUUUUUCAAUUAUUAACUAUGUAAAAAUAACUUUUUAAUGGAAAUU